AUGCCUCCUAAGAAAAACAGUAAAUCUACAGCAGGUGGACACUUCUCAGGAAUUACUCGCGCAGGGCCGGGAACCGUCGACAUUGGCAGCAUGGUGCCUCAGCACAGCAUUGCUGGGACGUCUGUCCAGAUGCCCAGCGACCUAGGCCAUGAUGGGCAGGUGGUCAGAUCCACCGAAGCCCGUUCCCUUACCACAGCCGUGUCGUCCGGCGUCCAACAAACUCAGGCCAGUGGAAAAUCCAACAAUCCCUCAUCCCACGCCAUAAACAUCGGCAAUUACUGCCACUUCUGUUGCGACCACAUCCAACGACCAUACUGCCACGAAUGCGUCGAUUGCGGCGGCAUCAUGUGCCAACAGUCCGUUCCUCGGGGCAGCGGCUGCAUCUAUUACGGAACGGUGGAUACCACCAAGGACUUUCGCUGCCCGAUUUGUGCUAGGACCGCAGCUAACAAGGACGCUCCGCUGCCCUACGCCGUCCUGGGAUACUGGAUACGGAAGAAAGUUAAGAUGGCCUGGCCCAUGGCAAUCGUCAGCCUGAGCCUGGAGUCCCUGAAAGACGACUACCUAGCAUCGACGGUGAGAUGUGAGGUAGAGUAUCACUACAGGGAUAAUCGCGAGAAUCUGUUCGUGAAAGAGUUGCACAUGCGCGCGGGUGCGCAUGUGACCCAGUCCAGGAAGCUUGCUGAAGGCGUUAGCUUCAUGAAACGUAAUGUUGAAGCCGGAUUUCCCCCCAACACAUUCGUAAUCGUCGACACCCAUUCCGACGAGUACAGCGGAAUGCUCCAGCACACUGGAGGGCACACCGGCGGCACCAACACCACGAUCACAGAAAUCGUGACCGCGUACCUCGGCGAGGAGUUCCUGAAAGGCACGGCAAACGCUUCGCUUGCUGCAAGCAGUGACGAAACCGUCGUCACCACAAAGGCAGGCAAAGAGCCUUGGUGCAAGCUCACCCCAAACGCCAGAGGGGCAGAAGAGUGCUGA